AUCAACUAUAACUGCACAUCGCUCUAUCACUCUGCAUCAUCAUUAACAUCAUCCAGCCUAUUCGUCUCUGAUCAGUCUGAGUGUUGUGUGUGUGUAAGCACUGCAUUUGAUUACCCAUCACACCCUUUAACACAAUCUACACCGACCACAUCCAUCACCCUCACACCCGCCCACCCUCAAACACACUGUUUGAUCAUCAUCAAUUCAGCCUCAACCAACCAACCAACUGCCCUACCGUACCCUACCCCAUCAACAUCAUAUAUUAGCGAUACAAUAGUUGUUCAAUUGCAUCAU